AUGGAUACAGUUCUCGAGGAGGUGAGCGAGGACCUGCACAGUUCAAGUUCAAAGAGACUCAAGAAGAAGAAGGAUCCCAAGAUCCUUAUCCCACUAGGUGCUGAUUCAUUCAAGAGAAGUGAUAACGACCCGAUUACACUUGGCGAUAAGAACAGUGAUGAUUCUGGAAUUGACAAUGGCAACAGCAACAAUAACAGCAACAAUAAUAACAACAACAACAACAACAACAACAACAACAACAAUCACGAUGAAGGAGAUUACGAAUACGAGGAAAAGUCAGCAUGGGAGAGAUUCAGUGAAUUUCUAGUCAAGUGUGCAGAGACUUCAGGCAUCACAUUUGCGUCGCUGUUUGUACUUGGUGCUGCUGGUGUUGGCUACCAUAAUUUCUACAAAGAACGUGUUAUCGACAAGAUGAGCCAGGCGUUUGAUAAAGGUGAUGAGGCAUUUGAACUCACCAUGCAUAAGCGUACCACAAACCAAGAGGGCGACUGGAUUGAAAGGCCCCAACAAAGACUGCUGACGUCAAUACUCGAAGGAAGUGUUGUUGGACGGUACUUCCUCGUAACAGGUGAAAAGGGCUGUGGUAAGAGCUCCAUGAUUCUAAAUUCGAUGAAAAAUGUCGAUAGCUUCAACUGUGCUUUUUUGGAUGCACACUCUGAUCCUGAGAUCUUCAGAAUCAGACUCGGUAAGGCGUUGAGAUUCGAGUUCCAUGAGGAUUAUAUCGGUUCCUUGUUCAGCAUCAGAGGUCCAAGAGAUACAACUGCUUUACUUGACAUUGAGCGUGCCUUUAAUAAACUUGAAGAGGUUGCCGUACGUCGAGUGAAGAAAUACGGCAAGCCGUUGGUGUUGAUCAUCAAUAAUGCCCACUUGAUCAAAGAUGACGAAGAAGGAGUCAAACUUGUCGAAUUGUUACAACAAAAAGCCGAAGCAUUGAGUGGUGCAGGAUUGGUCACUAUGAUCUUCAACUCGGAUGAUUAUUGGCUCUAUGAAAGGCUGAAAAAACUUGGGACAAGGUUGGAGGUUAUCAAUGUCCGUGAUUUUAACAGGAGCCAAGCAAUACAUGCUUUACGAGUAGCUAGAAGGAGAUUCUUUAACGAGCAGGUUGAUGAUAAAAUUGCCAACCAAGUAUACAACCUCAUUGGUGGUCGCCCUCAGCACCUUGCAGAAGUUUCCAAACAGGCUAAUAUGAUUUUGGCUUCACAUAAGCUCAUUGACCGUGAAAAAACUUGGUUUCUUAACCAAUGUGGUUUGUUAGGCUCGAGUAUGGAUGACGAUGUCAAUGAGAGCGGUAAAUUUUCAACGAGUGCCAUGCUGUUAAUGAAGAUAUUUGUUAAAAUGUACGAGAAGGAUGAAUUUACCAUGAAUGGUGAAGACAAGGAACACCACCUACCUGAAUUGCCUCUAUGGAGAGCUCGUCAGAUCAUGACGAGAAACGACUACAUCCAGCACUAUGACAAUCUAAACAUCUUUACGAUUGAUUCGUCCAACUCCUUUGUCAGAGCGGACUCUGUUCCGAUGAUGAGAGGUUUUGUUGAAAUUGCAUCACAACCUGGGUUUGAAGAAUUAUUACAGGACAGUUUAGAUAGGGUUGCGGAAAUUGAAUCCUUGGGACGUACGAGAGAGAUCGUGGCUAAGGAUUUGUUCCUAGGUGGUCAGUAUAGAAUUGGAACCUCUUCUAACGAGGCUGAAUUCGUUGUUAAGCUAAAGGCUGCUAAGGGCGAUGAUGAAGAAGAUACCCCGAUAAAGAUGCAACCCACAACGAGCUCAGGGGCUCGUAAGUUUUGGGAUAAACGUUUAAAUGAGGAUAAAUGA